CGCGUUGCAAUCCCAAGCAAAAGCUUAUCGCUGUUGUUAUCUCAACCGGCCCGGGAAUUUCGUGGAUAGUCACGCUACACAUAGCUGUCUAUCGAGCGGAGGCCUGUAUUUCCCUCAGCAUUCCUCGGACAGACAUCAUCUGCCUGAAAACCGGGACAAAAAAAAAAGGCGCAGAAGACAGGGGAAAGGACAUUAGAAAAAUCUCCGCAAAGCUGCAGCAAUAAACACCACCGGGUACGACAGUCUGAGACAAUUGAUCGAUCCAAUUGCGUAUCGUCGCAAAUCCCUCAUACUUAGUUCCCCCUUAGGGGAUAAGCUCGUGCUCCACAGGCGUCCACUCGGCGCAAGGUACCAUUGGCAGAGUAUCUCUAUCUAAAUAGAACUGGAACGAGUAUAUACAUCCUCACCGCCAUCCAUGACUCAAUCGAACUCCCAUCUUCAUCAUCGACGCACUCCCUCCUCUAAUGGCUCGAAAGUGAAGACCUCGCGACCGGCGCUACAUCGGAAAGGCACAUAUUCUGUGAAUCAUUCCAUCUCGAAGCUAGGCUCUGGGCAGGUCAGGCGUCCGGAGCCCGAAAGCGACCGUCAGCCCGACAUGGCGGCCAGCUUUUUGAAUUUCUGUGCCAUGUGCGAGAGACAGAUCACGGUGCCGGAUAAUUCUCUUCUCUAUUGCAGUGAAAGCUGUCGUCGUAAAGACUCGCACAAGCCACUCUCCGCGUCCUUCCCAUCGAGUGGCUCGGUACCCUACUCCAGGUCUCCGCCCACCUCUCCUCUCGUUUCUUUUCGAAUGAUUGUCGCUCCGAUGACUCCCACCAAGGUCCCCGUCAAAUCCACCCCGGCCACUGGGAUAUCCACAGACGUCCAUGACUCCAAGGUAGAUCAGGACCCCUCUGAAUGGAAGCCGGUAAUACCUGCGGCUUAUGGCAGUACGGGGUCGCUGGCGUCGACGGAGGCCUGGCAUUAUCUUGCUCAAUUCCACGGCAGCGAACCGUCGUUCCCGAGGCGUCGCAACGGUGCCGGUCACCGCAGCUCGGCCAGCCUAUCCACGCUCAUGAGCGCAACGGCUCCUCUUCCAUCUUUGACCCAUACUCCAUCCACCACGGCAUCGUCUUUUAGCAGCACGGCAUCAGACUACAUCGGUUACAUGCCCGACCCGUCUCAUCGUCCGUUGCCUCCUCGCCACAACCCCUACUUUCCCAAUGGCGCUGGCGUCACCAAGAGUGUGGAACUUGUGGUGCCUCACGUGGAGACCCCGUCUGCGCAUGCCAACGCUGUGGACAUGUCCGACAGUGGCUCGAUCUUUCCAGCUAGCAGCUCCCUCUGGAAUGAGAGUUUGGCAGGAAAGACUCCUACCGAAACGGUGACCAAGGCUCCGAGUGCUCUUGAUUUGCCCAUCAUGUUGAAGCAGGAGACUUCGUGAUCGGUCUCUAAACGUUUGACUGGAAAGUUGCAGCUGUUGCUUUCGGUGCCGUUCAAGAGGCCACAUUUCUUUAUGUUCUGUUGCGGUGCUUCUACCAUUGUCUACGAGCAAUUGGAAGACAAGGAAAGAUAUAGAUCCAAAGCUGAGAGCGAUACGAUGUGAUGGAUAACGGACAUGGCGACUUGAUUAUUUUGGCGCUUUCGUUCUUUGAUUGAUCAGCGAAAAACUGAAUAGAUUUUAAUACCAGGGCUUAAAAGCAUGGGCAUGAACAGGUUAGAAAGAAUAAGCGAUAAUACGCUCCUUGAAUGGUCC